ACAGAGUACAGACAGAUGAUUGGCUGUCAAAAUAAUUGCUUACGGGAGGCGUGGCUGCGAGAUCGUAAAUAAUUUAAGGGAAUUUUGUGAAAAUAUUCAUAAAAUCGGGGGAAUUUCGCGUAAUAAUAAAAGACCGUAAUCGAGAACAUUCGAGCCAUUAGAGGACGAGCUUUGGCGCGAGACAUUUGGUGAUUGUUAACAAUUGUAAAUUCGUUUUGCAUUUGCGGCGCAAUUGCAAGGUUACAUCAGCAAGUAAUUUGAGAAGGAUCUGAUUUCUUUCGGGGAGAAAUUCGUACAGUACGAAUUGAAACAGGAUGCCGAGGAAGGGGAAAAAGAAGCUGAGCGCUUUAGAAGCAGGCUCAUCAUCAACGUCAAAAGCUGAAGAGAAACCACAGAAGCAAGUAGCUCAAAGUAUACCACAGCAGCAGCAAGUACCACCGCAACAACCUCAACAACAAGGAGUACAGGGCCAACCACAACAACAGACUGGAGCACAGCAGCCAAAAGCGUGGGGUCAGCCAUCACAACAACCAGCACAAGGCCCACAACCACAACAGCCAGGAGCGAGGGGUCAACAACCACAAGGCUCACGACCACAACAGCCAGGAGCGUGGAGUCAACAACCACAAGGCCCACCACAGCAGCAAGGAGCAUGGGGUCAACGACCACCUCAACAGACUGUAACACAAGGUCCACCACCUCAACAGCAAGGAACAUGGGGUCAACGACCAGGAGGCCCACGACCACAACAGCCAGGAGUGAGGGGUCAACAACCACAAGGCCCACGACCACAAGGCCCACGACCACAACAGCCAGGAGCAUGGAGUCAACAACCACAAGGCCCACCACAGCAGCAAGGAGCAUGGGGUCAACGACCACCUCAACAGACUGUAACACAAGGUCCACCAUUUCAACAACCACAAGGCCCACCACAGCAGCAAGGAGCAUGGGGUCAACGACCACCUCAACAGACUGUAACACAAGGUCCACCAUUUCAACAACCACAAGGCCCACCACAGCAGCAAGGAGCAUGGGGUCAACGACCACCUCAACAGACUGUAACACAAGGUCCACCAUUUCAACAGCAAGGAGCAUGGGAGCAACAAUCACCUCAACAGACUGUAACACAAGGUCCACCACCUCAACAGCAAGGAGCAUGGGGUCAACGACCAGGAGGCCCACAACCACAACAGCCAGGAGCGUGGAGUCAACAACCACAAGGCCCACGACCACAACAGCCAGGAGCAUGGAGUCAACAACCACAAGGCCCACCACAGCAGCAAGAAGCAUGGGGUCAACGAUCAUCUCAACAAACUGGAACACAAGGUUUACCAUCUCAACAGCAACAAGCAUGGGCUCGACAACAAGCUCCAAUUGAUAUUGGUGCUGCUGGUGAUUCUAAACUAGUAACUGGCAAAGGUAGCAUGACGCAUGGUGAUACACAACAGCAGCAAGCAACAACAAGUGCACAAUCCCAGUUAUCUCAACUUACUUUGAGAGAUACAUUACAUACGGCAAAAACCUCUGGAAAAGCAAAAAUGUCAUCUGAGGCAAUGAAACAAUAUCAGCUUUCUAUACCGAAAAGGCAGAAUCCUUUGAAAGCCGGAACACUAGGAAUACCGAUUAAAGUUUAUACGAAUAUGUUUGAAAUUAUAUUUAAUCAAGAUUUUGUAACAAAUGCUGUUCAUUAUGAUGUAGACAUUACACCUACUGCUUCAAAAGCUAUAUAUAGAAAAAUUUUUGAACAAUGUAGGUUUCAAAAUUUUAGUAACAGAUAUCCGGCAUUUGAUGGCAAGAAAAAUGCAUAUAGUGCAAAUGAUCUUCCUUUUGACGAUUCGAUGCAGAACGAACUUGAAGUUUGUGUUUAUGAAGAUGAAUAUGAUAGAGUAAUGAAGACAUACAAGAUUACUUUAAAGAAAGUGGGUAAUAUCGAUCUUAAGUGGAUAAAAAAUUUAAAACCUGGUCUUGAUGAGGCUAACAGAGAUCAAACUGGUAUACAAGUUCUGGAUGUCAUCAUGCGUCAUGCACCUGAGUCACAAUUUUUGAGUGUUGGAAGAUCACUAUAUUGGGAUUUUGAUAGUGGACAGUCAUUAACCGGUGGUUUAAGUCUCUCACGCGGCGGAUUUUCAACUGCUGUACUCGGCUGGAAACCAUUAAUAAAUAUAGAUAUUGCUCACAAAGGGUUUCCAACAGCUCAGAAUGUUUUGUCUUUAAUGGCCGAGUUUACGCAAGAAGAGGUUCCAAGUCCACAAGAAGUGAAUAAGAGAUGGAAUCGAGAAAAAAUCGAAAAAUUUUUGAAGGGUUUAAAAAUCAUUUAUCAAAUGAAAAUAAAGGGUAAAGGGCUCACAAAGCGAACGUAUCGCGUCAACGGAUUAGGUCCAUCUGCCGUUGAACAUCGAUUCAGCCAUGAAAAUCAAAUGAUGUCAAUACAGCAAUAUUUUAUGAAAUACAAGGAGUACAAUUUGCAAUAUCCCCAUUUGCCUUGUCUCUGGGUGGGCGCGACGAACAGACCUGAGAAGAUUUUUUUGCCUGCCGAAUUAUGUGCCGUCAUGCCUAAGCAGGCUGUUAACAGAAAGUUAGAUGAAGAGCAAACCACCAAGAUGAUUAAAUAUGCAGCGACGGAUGCACCUACUCGUAAAUACAGAAUAGAACAGGCAUUUCGAAAGAUUGAUGUGAAUAAUAGUCCUGUUAUGAGAAACGAGUUUCAUCUGUCCGUCCGCCCGGAAAUGAAACAAGUGGCUGCUAGGGUUUUACCUCCUCCAGAUUUACAAUAUAACAACAAAAAAGGAAUAGUGAGGCAAGGAAUUUGGAAAAUGCAAGCAUUUCAGCAGGCCAGUAAUUUGAAUAAAGGCACAUGGACUAUACUUGAUUUGAGUGACUCUAAAAGAGACACACAUUACAUACAUGAAUUUGCAAUGUCAUUGAUGGAUUAUGCAAGUGAAGUUGGUAUGAAUAUUGAAGAGCCCCAAAGUCCAUUUAGACAGCUGAGGUCGAGUAAUAUAUCAGAGAUCCACAAUUACUUUGGAUCAAAGAAAGAUUUGAAAUUGAUAAUAGUGAUUAUAUCAGAUCGUAUGGAUACAACAUACGGCAAAGUAAAACAGAUUACCGAGUUGUCAGUAGGUAUUCUAACGCAAUGUAUAAAGUUCCGAACUGCAACAAAGAACAAUUACAUAACAGUGAAAAACAUUCUUCUAAAGAUAAAUUCGAAACUAAAUGGAAUUAACCAUACACUCCAUUCAGCGUCUAUGCCAAAAAUUUUGAAGAAUAAUGAUUGUAUGAUUGUUGGUGCUGAUGUAACACAUCCGUCUCCUGAUGCUAUUAAUAUACCUUCUAUAGCAGCGGUUGCCGCAAGCAGUAAUCAUUCCGCCUUCCAAUACAACAUUGCACUUAGACUUCAGCCACCCAAAGAAGAGAUGAUCUUGGAUAUUGAACAAAUAAUAAUAUCGCAGCUGCAUAUUUAUAAGAGCAAAACAAAAUGUCUACCAAAUAAAAUCAUCUAUUACCGAGAUGGGGUCAGCGAAGGUCAGCUCGCUCAAGUUAUGUACCAUGAAAUUAAUGCCAUUAAACGUGCGUGCAAUAGAGUGAAAGCCCCUAAUAUUCAAAUUACUUGUCUUGUUGUUCAAAAGAGACAUCAUGUGCGUCUUUUUCCAACAAAUGAUAAAGAAUCGGACGACAAAAAUAAGAACGUGAGAGCAGGCACAAUUGUAGAUACUGAAAUAACGCAUCCAAAUCAUAUUGAUUUUUAUCUCGUCUCGCAUGCGAGUAUUCAGGGUACAGCAAGGCCUACAAAAUACAGAUGCAUAUGCAACGACUCUCAAUAUACGGAGGAUGAUAUCGAGCAACUAACGUAUUAUCUCUGUCACAUGUAUGCUCGAUGUACAAGAGCAGUAAGCUAUCCGGCACCAACUUACUAUGCUCAUUUAGGUGCUUACCGUGGAAGAGCAUUGAUACAAGGAGUUGACAUUCGCAUGGAGCAAUUAGAACAGGAACAGAAUAAAUUGUACAUGAAAAUCUCGGAAAAUUCGCCAAUGUGUUUCGUUUAAAAGGGGACAACCUGUGUGUUUUCCGAAGAUUUUCAACGAUUUGCUGCAUCCGACAGAUUUGAUGUCUCUAAGUAUAAGUUCAUAUUAAUACUUUAGAUUUAUUUGACUCGUUUUCUAUUUCAAUCGGUCGUAACCGUGGUUGCAGUGAAAAUGUCGGUGAAUAUGGAAUAUCAAUUCAAUUGAUAUUUUAUAUUCCAUAUUCAUUUGAUGAAAAAGUGUUAAUAUACAAUCAAUCAGUUUUUCAUUUUUGCUUGCCUACAUUUUAUAUUGCUAAUUAUAAUUUUCUUGAAUAAGAAAAUCUUGACAAUGAUUUAUGAUGAUCAUAAGUAUUUUUUUGAUAUUAUUAUUACUGAUGU